AUGAAAAAAGUAAAGGACAAAACAAUAAUCUCCCUAUUUAUGUACAGCAUCUCGACUACCGCUAUAGUAUAUCAGAAUUAUAUAUUCAUAUCCAAUUUGUUAAAAAAUUAUCGAGCAUUUGAAUGGUUGUGUAUCAAAAAUGAAGAUGAUAAUAUUGUACAUGGUGAUUUCUUUGUAUGUAAUGAACAAGAAAAUUAUGUUCAAUUUUUAUUAAUUUUAGGAUUUAUUAUUCAAUUUUUAUCAGGAUCUAUAGGAAGUGUAUUAAUAAAAAUAUUUUCCAAAAAAAUUAUAGCACAAGCAGCAUUUAUUUUUUUAUUCUUUGGAUGGAUUAUACUAGGUACUGCUUUAUCAUAUUCAAAAUAUUAUGUUGAUAAUAAUAUAACGAAUAAAAUAUCAUUAGUCAGUUUUUUUUUAAACUUGUCUUUUAUCUUUUUUGGGAUAGGCUCAGAUAAUUCUUACCUACCUAUUAUUUAUUAUAUUAAUGACAGAUAUCCUGUGGAAGAUAUCGAUAAACAUUUAUAUAUAAUUGAAAAUAAUAAUAAUAAUAAUAAUAAAUUACAAAAAUUAAAAUAUAUAUUAAAAAAUAAAAAUUAUAUCCUAAUCAGUACUAUGUCUUCACUAGCUGUUCUAAGCUUGUUUGUAGGAAAUGUCAUAAAUAUUACUCUAAAGUAUCUACCCUUUCAAAACAACGUUAUACUUGUUAUAUUAACAUAUCUUGCCUUGUGUGUAAUCCCUGCUUUUUUCAUAGCCAACUUUUUAGAUGACAAAACAAAUACUCAUAAAAAUGAUAAUCAGCUUGUAUCAGAGGAUAACAUACAAACAAACCAAGAUAAAAAUAAAAUAAAUUAUAUAAACAGUGUGGAUGAUAUAAACAAUUCAUCAAAUAAUUCUAUUAAUAUUCAACACAUACAACACAAACUUGAUAACAUUAAUUAUACCGAACAUGUUAAUGAAAAAACCCUACUUACAAAAAACCUGUACAAUUCAGGUGAAAAAAAGGAAAAAGAAAAAAAUGUACAGGCAGCUAGCCAAAAUGUGGUAAUGGACAUGGGAAAGGACGAAAUAUAUGAAGAACAUUUGAAAAGGAGGAAAAAAUUAUUUUAUUUAAAAGAUGUAGAUUUUGGUGUAUUAAAGGAUCAGAUAAAAUCACCAUUAUAUAUAUUUAUAUUGGUUGAAUUUUUUUUAAUAACCUUUAGUGUAUGUUAUUUUAUGUUUUCUUUAUUUGACAUAUAUGAAAAUAAUGUAUUUGGGGAAACAUUGAAUGUAUAUUCAUUAAUAUUACCAUCUAGUUUUAUAUUUACAUUAAUAUUUGGCAUCAUAGCAGAUGUAAUAAAUAUAUCGAAUUUUAUAAGUUUCAAUUUAAUAUUAGGAAUAUUUGUAUAUAUGCUUAUAUAUUUUUAUUAUACUACAGCAAAUGUAACAAUUGGAUAUAUAUCUUUAGUGAUUUAUUUUUUUCAUCAGAGUUUUUAUGCAAAUCAUAUGUACAUGUACAUGUCUACUAUAUUUAAGCAGGAAAAUUUCUCAAUUCUUAUUGGUAUAAUAAAUACAUUUGCCUCACUAGCAUUUUUUAUGUCUUAUAAAAUACAUGAGUUUAUAAAAAUCAAGAAUAAAAAUAAUGUAUAUCCAAAGGCAAUAGCUCAAGGGCUCUUUGUAUCUUAUCUUGUUGUUUUUUUUACCCACAUAUUUUAUAUUAGGAGAAAAAUGCGUUAUCACAUGAUUUCCCUUCCUUCUUCAAAGUAG